GUUUUCGGUUUUAUCUGCAUAUUUAGUAUUUUAGACUCCUCGUAUAUUUUAUUUUUAACCACAUACGCGGAUUUCUUGGGAGAUAAAGGAAUGCGUGCAUCAGUGACGAUAAAACAUUGCAUUGAUAUCUUGCAUGAAGUCCAGCAUUUUUUUUUUAGAUAAAAGUCAUCGCCUUUAAAUGUAGAUUUUACGUUGUCAGCAGUGCGCAUCUUGUUUUAGGCGUGAGUUAUCCUGCCAAAAGAGUUGAACGUGCACAGAUCUGCACAAGAUUUGACAUUUUACGUGCAUAAAAUGAAACCCUGGAGGACGGAGAGGACAUGACGCACGAUAACACGGCUCACAGCGGUUGCAGAAGCACAAACACUAACUCCAUGUAUUUCGGACAGUACCAGUACACUGCAGAGGAAUACCAAGCUGUCCAGAAUGCAUUGCGACAGAAGCUGGGACCAGAAUACAUUAGUACCAGACAGGCUGGAGGGGGACAAAAGGUGUGUUACAUUGAAGGCCACAAGGUUAUAAGUCUGGCCAAUGAGAUGUUUGGUUAUAACGGAUGGUCCCACAGCAUCUCUCAGCAGAAUAUUGAUUUUGUGGACCUCAUCAAUGGCAAGUUCUACGUUGGGGUUAGCGCGUUUGUGAAAGUUCAGCUCAAGGAACCUGACCCGUUCGCCUCUGUGUGCCCUGUGCUCCCCCUGGCUCAGCCCUCGCCCCCCCUGGAUCCAGCGGAGACGAAGCGCUCGGACCGCGAGCCGCAGGUGGAGGAGGCUCGGUACGGCAGCCUCACCCGGGGAAACCAGCGGAGAGAGGCGGACAGCGAAGCAAAGGCCGGCGCCCCCCACCUGGAGCGGUCCGGACCCCAGGAAAGGCCACCGGAGCCCGGCCUCGGCCAGCAGGAGGCCGAGACAGCGCACAGCGCCUCCAGGACAGUAGAAACUGCAGAUGUCCUGGGUUCAUCCACUCAUCACCCUGAUCCCAAGCAGCUGAGGAAACUCAAGCAGCAGCAGCUACAGCAGAGGUUCCGGGAGCAGAUGAUGGCAAAGAAGACGCAGGAGGAAAAGCAGCUGAGCAUGGACGUCACAGCGCCCCCUGGAGGUUACAAGCCUGGCGGUUUCCAGGGUGAGAGGGACAGAGAAAGAUGCGGCGGAGAUAAUGCACUUUUAACCUGCUUGACUGAAAACCUGCAUGUUAUCUCAACCUGUCCGUCUGUUUUGUGGGGGUACAGGACAGUAGAAACUGCAGAUGUCCUGGGUUCAUCCACUCAUCACCCUGAUCCCAAGCAGCUGAGGAAACUCAAGCAGCAGCAGCUACAGCAGAGGUUCCGGGAGCAGAUGAUGGCAAAGAAGACGCAGGAGGAAAAGCAGCUGAGCAUGGACGUCACAGCGCCCCCUGGAGGUUACAAGCCUGGCGGUUUCCAGGGAAGUGCAAUCCCAACAGGCCACAAAGAUCCCCAGAGGAGUCACAGCACGCCCCUGAGCAGCCGAGCGAAUCCUGCAGAGGAACAGUAUCUAACCGAUGACCCAGAGCUGUGGAACUUCCCCCUGGAUGAGAGCGAGAUCAUCAGCACCGAAAAGAGCAGCCGGGCUUCUGGUCGCAGCACUCCCACUACGCCGGGUGGGCACCACAUGAUGACGCGCAGCAAGACCCCCCAGAGACUGCCCUCAGCGAGACCUCCCGUCAGGCCUAAUCACAUGCUGAGCCCCUCCAGGACCUCCAGUAACCUGCAACAGCCAGGAGCCCAGAGCUUCAACACAGGCGGACCUCACAGCCCGUACAGACAAGGACAGCAUAUGAAGAAACGGAAACUGGAAACAUUGGCAUAAUGUAUAUUAAGGUGUACGAAUGAUUCAGUCCAUUAAUAUAUACAUUUAAUUUUGCAUUGUGAAGUCACUGCUGGGUAAAGAACCUGAGAUCUUGCUUUAACUAAAACAAGAACAUGCGGGCAUCUUUUUACAUUGUUCAUGUGACAUUUUCUAAGUAAUCAGCUACCUCCUUUAUCUUCUGUCCUUAGAGAGUUCUUCCAUAGGUUUGUUGUGAAACAGCUGAGCCCUGCAAACAGCCUAUAGUGGCAAAGUGAUACAUCGGAGAUCAGGAUGUUCACGAAAGAAGGUUAAGGGAUACUGUACAAUAUGUAUAACGCUUUAUAUACUCAGUCUACUCGAGCUCCAUCAUUACCUUUUAUGGAUUUUAAAGUCUAUUGAGCCCAAUUAUUUUAAUGAAUUAACUUGAGUUCAGUCACAUGCUUAGAAUAGUCUACACACAUGGAGAAGUUUUUGUAAUGCAAAGAUUUCAGAUCUGAACUUUACAGAAUUACUCUGUAAGAAAUUGAACGUUUUCCUGUUUCUCAAAGAAAGCACCAGUGCAUGUUAUGAAAACAACCCAUAGUUCCGAAAACAGUGUUGUUAUUUUUAUAUCUAGGCCAUUUCAAGGUGUGCAGAGGUAUUUUAUAAUGUUUACAUAGAAGGGACACUUUUUGUCAUUCUGUUGUUUGAAAUGUUUUAAAGACAUUUAAGGUUAACUGUAUAUUUUUAUAAAUGCUAUUGAUAAACCUUAA